AUGGUGAGGACGACACGCUUUUCACGCAACAGUUCCAAACCACUGUUUCAGCAAUUACAGCUUAUUACAUCGUAUGGACUCUUUCAGGAGUAUCCACCCAUUUGGUCACUUCCCCUUCCACCUCAACAACCUCGUGAUACGGGAAAACCCACACUGGUGCUUGAUAUUGAUGAAACACUGAUUCAUACUGUGGGGAUGCGGAAUGAGGGGUCGGAUUCUGUCUCCUUCAGUUUCUUCCUGCGUCCACAUGCGAAGGAAUUUCUCGCGGAGGUACGUGAACUGUACGAAGUUGUGUUCUGGACGGCUGGUACCGCAUCCUACUGCUCAGCUGUUAUGGAUGCACUGGAGGUGCAGGUGUUACAACUCCCACGAUCAUUUUACAAUAUUGAUGAACUCCGCGUAGAGGCACGUGGUGGAAUCUCCACCAAGAAUGUUAACUUCUAUGCCCUUUCCCGAACUCAAACGUUACAAGGGCAUAAUUACAUGAAAUACCUUCCAAUGCUUGGCAGACCAUUGAAUCGUGUCAUAGUGAUCGACAGUGAUGUACGCAGCUUUCCUCUUCAUCCACGUAACGGUGUUAAGAUCGAACCCUUCCUACCGAAUGAACGUGUUUUAUCCGAAUAUGCCCGCGUAGUAACCGAUGAGGUGAAAUAUGGUCAAGUUGGUCAGCGGCAGUAUGAAGGCGAAAUGGCAAAAGUCAUUGAGCGUGGUGAGGAGGAGGUAGCGCGAUUGCAAGCGGAUCAUGCCCUUAUGGAUCUGAUUCCAAUGCUACGCUCUGCGGCUUCUUCAACUGAUUUGACUCACGAAUUAGACCAUUGGCGUACGGAUGAGUACACAAAGUGUGACGACUUUCGUGAAACGAUGAACUCUCUCUCAGUGACAAGGCAGAAGAUUCUUGGUAAUGUUCUUAAGGAGCGACGCAACGUACCGAUUCCGCCUCUCAAGCAGCACGUGAUGAAUCAUGGAUUUAUGGAGGAGGCAAAUGCCGCUAUGAAGUUGGAGCAGAUGCGACACACUCCUUCAAGACUUUAG